AUGCGGCACGCGGCUAGGAGAGCUGCGGCCGCGCUGCUAUCGCCGCCGACUAUCUCACCUCGCUCCACCGCACUGCCAUCGCCGCCGACUUCCUCGUCUCCCUCCUCCCCGCCGCCCCUCCGGCGUCUCCAGUCCCUUCCCGCGAGCGCGCCCGAGGCAGGACUGGUCCGGACUCCCCGCGAGCGCUUCCCCGUUCCGAGCCCCUGCGUGAGAGGCUCCCACUUCCACGAUGCACGCGGGGUGCUCGACGAAACGCCCAAGAGGAGCGCGGCCGCGUGGACGGCGGCCAUCGCUGGCUGUGCGCGCGCCGGCCGGCACGCGGACGGCAUGGGCGCGUUCGCGGAGAUGCUCGCCGAGGGCGGAACCGCGCCGAACGCGUUUGUUCUCGCCGCCGUCCUCAGGUGCUGCUCGGGCCUCGGCGACGUGGAGUCGGGCAAGCGCAUCCAUGGAUGGCUGCUGAGGAACGGGGUGCAUCUGGACCGGGUGCUGUGUAACGCCGUUCUCGACAUGUACGCCAAGUGCGGGGACUGCGAGGGGACUAAGCGGGCAUUCAGAGCCAUGGCCGAGGUUGACGUCGUCUCCUGGAAUAUCGUGAUCAGCGCGUGUCUGCAGAGCGGCGACGUUCUUGGGUCGGUGCAGCUGUUUGAUGAGUCGCCGAUGCGAGACACUUCAAGCUGGAACACAAUCAUCAGCGGCUUGAUGCGGAAUCGGUGCGCUGCCAAGGCGCUGGACCGCCUUUAUCAUAUGGCACGAGCUGGAGUGGAGUUUAAUCACUACACAUACUCCACGGCGCUUGCCUUGGCUGGCAUGCUUUCUUUGCUAGACCUCGGCCGGCAGCUCCAUGGCCGUGUGCUGACAGCUGCACUGGAGACUGACGCAUUUGUUCGGAGCUCUCUCAUGGACAUGUACUGCAAGUGCGGCUCAAUGGAGGCUGCCGUGUUGAUCUUUGAUAGAUGGUCGCAUCUUACCGGCGACAUGAAAUUUGCAUGGAGCACAAUGGUCGCUGGAUACGUCCAGAAUGGCAGGGAGGAAGAAGCUUUUGAGUUCUUCCGGUUGAUGCUGCGUCAAGGGGUUGCUGCAGAUCAGUUCACCCUCACCAGUGCAGUUGCAGCGUGUGCAAAUGCAGGGAUGGUUGAGCAAGGUAGGCAAGUGCAUGGAUGUGUCGAGAAGCUAGGGCACAGUUUUGAUGCACCAUUGGCAUCUACCUUCGUCGACAUGUAUGCUAAGUGUGGCAACCUUGACGACGCUUGCAGGAUGUUUGACAGAGCUCCCAUGAAGAACGUUGCUCUCUGGACUUCAAUGCUGUGCUCCUAUGCGUCCCAUGGGAAAGGUAGGAUGGCCAUAGAACUCUUCAACAGGAUGAUUGCAGAAAAGAUCAAACCAAAUGAGGUCACCCUCGUCGGUGUUCUAUCUGCCUGUAGCCAUGGCAGAUUGGUCAGUGAAGGAGAGCACUUCUUCAAGCUAAUGCAAGAAGAGUAUGGAAUUGUUCCGAGCAUUGAACAUUACAAUUGCAUGGUUGAUCUUUAUGGUCGAGCUGGACUGCUCAACAAAGCAAAUAACUUCAUCAACGAAAACAAGAUUAAGCAUGAAUCUAUUGUCUGGAAGACAUUACUGUCAGCUUGUCGUGUUCACAAGGACAUGGAGCAUGCAAAACUUGCUUCUGAAAGUUUGAUUCAACUGGAGCAAUGUGAUGCUGGGUCAUAUGUUAUGCUGUCAAACAUGUAUGCCACUCACAGCAAAUGGCGUGAUACUUCGAAGCUCAGAAGUUUGAUGCGGGAAAGGGGGGUUCGAAAGCAACCCGGACAAUCCUGGAUCCAUCUGAAGAACAUUGUGCAUACUUUUGUCGCGGGGGACACGGCACACCCGAGAUCAUCUGAAAUUUAUACCUGCUUGGCAAAGUCGAUGGAGAGAAUAAAGGAACUGGGGUACACCAGUAGAAUUGAUCUUGUUGCUCAUGAUGUGGAGGAGGAACAGAGGGAGACAGCUCUGAGGUUCCACAGUGAGAAGCUUGCCAUGGCGUUUGGGAUCAUCAGCACUCCCAGUGGGACUCCACUUCGAAUCUUCAAGAACCUGCGUAUUUGUGUAGACUGCCAUGAAGCAAUCAAGUAUGUAAGCCGAGCCACAGAUAGGGAGAUCGUUGUGCGAGAUUUGUAUCGGUUUCAUCAUUUCAAGGAUGCAAGGUGUUCUUGUGAGGAUUUCUGGUGA